AUGGCGGUGGAUCUGACAACGGGAGGCAAUGGCACGUCUUUAGAUGUAAGCCGGAAGAUGGAAAGAUCAUCUGGGGAUGAGCUAGGGAUGGGGCAGGUGGUCAGCACAAGGAAAGCAGUGACCACACCGAAGAAGCAUAUGUUCACUCCCCAACUUCAGUAUAGAGUUGCCAGAUUUGGCAAAGGAAAAUACAGGAUGCUCAGUCAAGACCUUCUUAAGAAAUGCUACUCUGCCAAGGCAUCUUACCUCUUCCAGCAGGAUAAGUUCUAUGAUGUCAGCUACGACACAGGAGACAAGUCUAUCCAAUGCAGCAGGAGACCAGAUGCGUUCAAGUUCUGGAUGACUUGGAAGGCCCUGGGCACAUUAGGCCUUGAAGAAAGAGUUAAUCGUGCACUUGCUUUAUCUAGGUACCUCGUAGAAGAAAUCAAGAAAAGAGAAGGAUUCAAGUUACUGCUGGAACCUGAAUAUGCCAAUAUUUGCUUUUGGUACAUUCCACCAAGCCUUAGAGAGAUGGAAGAAGGACCUGAAUUCUGGGCAAAACUUAAUUUGGUGGCCCCAACCAUUAAGGAGCGCAUGAUGAAGAAGGGAAGCCUGAUGCUGGGCUACCAGCCCCACCGCGGGAAGGUCAACUUUUUCCGCCAGGUGGUGAUCAGCCCUCAAGUGAGCCGGGAGGACAUGGACUUCCUCCUGGAUGAAAUAGACCUACUGGGGAGAGACAUGUAGCUGUGGCUUUUGGUUCCCCAG